CCUGGUCCCCAGCCCAGCUCCGACAGCCCCACUCCGGGGAGCAGACUUGCAGAGGCUGGUAGGCGUGCAGUGGCAUGGAAGGGCCGGCAGGGUACCUGCGUCGGGCCAGUGUGGCGCAGCUCACCCAGGAGCUGGGCACCGCCUUCUUCCAGCAGCAGCAGCUGCCGGCGGCCAUGGCAGACACCUUCCUGGAACACCUGUGCCUGCUGGACAUCGACUCGGAGCCCGUGGCCGCCCGCAGUACCAGCAUCAUCGCCACCAUCGGGCCUGCGUCUCGCUCAGUGGAGCGCCUCAAGGAAAUGAUCAAAGCCGGAAUGAACAUUGCGCGACUCAACUUCUCCCACGGCUCCCACGAGUACCACGCCGAGUCCAUCGCUAACAUCCGGGAAGCGGUGGAGAGCUUUGCAACUUCUCCUUUCGGCUACCGGCCCGUGGCCAUCGCUCUGGACACCAAGGGACCGGAGAUCCGAACCGGCAUCUUGCAGGGGGGCCCGGAGUCGGAGGUGGAGCUGGUGAAGGGCUCCCAGGUGCUGGUGACCGUGGACCCGGCGUUCCGGACGCGGGGGGACGCGAGCACCGUGUGGGUGGACUACGCCAACAUCACCCGGGUCGUGCCGGUGGGGGGCCGCAUCUACAUUGACGACGGGCUCAUCUCGCUGGUGGUGCAGAAAAUCGGCCCCGAGGGGCUGGUGACCCAGGUGGAGAACGGCGGUGUCCUGGGCAGCCGGAAGGGCGUGAACUUGCCAGGCGCCGAGGUGGACCUGCCCGGGCUGUCCGAACAAGACGUCGAGGACCUGCGGUUCGGGGUGGAGCACGACGUGGACAUCAUUUUUGCCUCUUUUGUGCGGAAAGCCAGCGACGUGGCUGCCGUUCGCGCUGCUCUGGGGCCAAAAGGGCAAGGCAUCAAGAUUAUCAGCAAAAUCGAGAAUCACGAAGGCGUGAAGAAGCUGGAUGAAAUCCUGGAGGUGAGCGACGGCAUCAUGGUGGCGCGGGGGGACCUGGGCAUCGAGAUCCCAGCCGAGAAGGUUUUCCUCGCUCAGAAGAUGAUGAUCGGGCGCUGCAACCUGGCAGGCAAGCCGGUUGUCUGUGCCACACAGAUGCUGGAGAGCAUGAUCACCAAGCCCCGGCCAACGCGGGCGGAGACGAGCGAUGUGGCCAACGCCGUGCUGGAUGGGGCCGACUGCAUCAUGCUGUCUGGGGAGACCGCCAAGGGCAAGUUCCCCGUGGAGGCCGUAAAGAUGCAGCACGCGAUUGCCCGGGAGGCAGAGGCCGCCGUGUACCACCGGCAACUGUUUGAGGAGCUGCGCCGCGCCGCACCCCUGAGCCGCGAUCCCACUGAGGUCACUGCCAUUGGCGCUGUGGAGGCUUCCUUUAAGUGCUGUGCUGCCGCCAUCAUCGUGCUGACCACAACUGGCCGCUCAGCCCAGCUCCUGUCUCGGUACCGACCUCGGGCUGCGGUCAUCGCUGUCACGCGCUCUGCCCAGGCCGCCCGUCAGGUCCACCUGUGCCGAGGAGUCUUCCCCUUGCUGUACCGGGAGCCCCCGGAAGCCGUCUGGGCGGACGAUGUAGACCGCCGGGUCCAGUUUGGCAUAGAAAGUGGAAAGCUCCGUGGCUUCCUCCGUGUCGGGGACCUGGUGAUUGUGGUGACUGGUUGGCGACCUGGCUCUGGCUAUACCAACAUCAUGCGGGUGCUGAGCAUAUCCUGAGGCGCCCCUCCCUCCUCAGACCCCAGCCACGCCUGCGCCCCGGUCUGCCUCCUCUCUCGCUCCCUCCAGCCUGCCCGCCUCCCACAGCCCUGUCUCUGUCUUCCUCAGGCCCUGCCCGCCCUACCUGCCCUCCAGCCCCACUCCUGGGUGCCCUUCCCCCUCUCCGUGUCACACAGGCCCCCCGAAGUCUGCCUCCGAUUCCGCACCGGCCACCCAGCAGCACCAGCUGUGCUCUGAGCGUCCAAUCCGCUCAGCUGGGCCCUAAGAUGCACUAAGACUUUAAUCCCAGCUUGGCUGCUUAAUUCUAUCCCCCUAGGCUUCCUGUCCCUGCGGGCGGGGGAGAGAGAAGCCAGGGCAGUCUUGUCCACUGUCUCCAUAGAACCACUACUUAAAAUA